ACCACAGAUAUUGGUUGUGAAGGAAACCUGUUUUUAAACAAAUUGGUUGGAAGUCAAAUUAUUGUUGUUCCUCAGCUUCAGUACAAAUCUGGCCUUAAACAAAUGAUGGAGGAAGUGUCUGAAAAAUUGAAAGAACAGGGCUCAUCAGCUUAUCUGAUUGAAGUUGGAGGCUCCUCUUACAUGGGGAUGUUUGGUUACUUAACAGCAUUUCAAGAAAUGAUAGAUCAGAAUGUGCUGAAGAAUUUUGAUGACAUUGUUGUUACAGUUGGCAGUGGUGGAAGUGCAUCAGGAAUUGCCAUUGGUAACUAUUUAACAGGAUCAAAACUCAAGUGUCAUGCAGUAAACGUGUGUGAUGAUGCAGCAUAUUUUUACCAGAAAAUCAAUGAAGACCUUCAAAUAGGUGGACUAGAUGUUCAAGCAGAAGAGUUAAUUGAUAUUAUUGAUGGAUACAAAGGACAGGGCUAUGGCAAAUCCACUCAAGAAGAGUUAGAGGACAUUGUGGAGAUAUCCAGAACAACUGGAAUUAUGGUGGACCCCGUGUACAACGUCAAAGCCAUUAGAGGAAUGCUACACGAGAUGAACACCAACCCAGGGCGAUUUAAGGGUGACAGAAUACUUUAUAUUCAUACUGGAGGUGUGUUCGGUUUGUAUGAUGGAAGAAUGGACCCGUUAGUAACUCGCCCUGCACUGGGUAUAAAUGAUGUUGUCUGCUGGGAAAGUGCGAAUGAUCCUAUGCCAUUCUGAGGCUGACUCGUUCUUAGUUGUCUCUCUUAUUUUAGAUAUUUAGGUAGUGCUCGAGAGGUCCGCGUGUAAAAAGAUUUUCGUUCGUUUCUCAUCGUUCCCUUUGUUAAUAUAGUGCUAAUCUCUCGCGAAACCCUCGGCCGCGCAAGAAAGACUGGGAACUAGCAAAUUUUAGGGUGGCAAGAAACAAAGGUCAGUCAAGACAUGCCUACAUUCUCUUUUGGCGUCAGCCAGUAAAAUUGUUCGCAAACGAGGAGGUAAUUGCAUCGCAUGGACUUCUCAAACCAUCAGAGGUAAACAGUCUAUGACCAAGGUCUCGUGAGCUCACAUAUGGAAGACGAACACAACAAAUUAUUGGACCGGAAAAAAAUGUUAAAGCCUUUGAAAAUAUAUUCGUGUAAAAGUAUAAAGAUUUAAAGUUUUGAAUUUCGUGUUUGAUUUAUACAGUUAUAUCUUUGAUUUUACACCAAUAAAACAAAAGG